AGUUAUUACUUAUCUGGCAACGUGGAAGUUGUCUUUCACGUUCAACUCGCGAGGAAAGUGAAAAUUUCAAAGAACUUACGAAAACCCAAAUUGAUAGUAAUUUUUAUCAAGAAAUUUUACAUAAUUGUUUUAGGGGCUUAUUAAGAAUAUAUUUGUAAUCUAAUUGGAAUGCGAGAGUAAAAUUUGAGAGCGGUCGGUUAGAUCUAGAAAGGUGCUGGAUGUGAUUGACAGAUAGCAGGGCAAGGCAGGGGACAGACAUUAGUAAUAAAAGGUGAAGAAGAUAUUGUCAAAGACGGGCGACUUCGGGAAGUCAGAACUGGGCCGAAUUGAAAGAAGCAGAUUAACCAGUAGAAGAAAUGAAGUUACUUAUCAAGAACAAUUUUAACUUAUAGACGACAAAUUUAAUAUUUCGAGCAUAUUUAAGCAAGACAAAGUACAAGUGAGCAAGGCAGGAAGUGUCAAACAAGUGCUGUGCGGUUGACGACACGAAGAAGUGGUAAACGAUAGAGUUGCAACAAAUACCAAAUAAGGCCAGGACAAAGAAUAUCGUAAUUUUAAGAGCUUGAUAAGUUGUUUAAUACAAACAUUUUGUGCUCGUUCACAAAUAAAAGCAAUGGAUAAUACCGCAAGUGCCAUUGUUGAACAGCAAAAAUUAGCAACAACACAGAAAUCAAAGAAAAGGCAGAAGAGUAAAAAGGCAAAUGGGAAGGUGCCAAAUAGCAGUGCACCAAAUGACUUGCCGGAUGUUGCGAAGGACAUUGAAAAAGUUACGGUUGUUAGUGGCGCAGAAGAAGUCACAGCGAAUGGGAUUUCCGAAACACUAAAACAACAUUUACACAUUACAGGAGAUGGUCUACAAAUAAACGGCACUGUUGGAAAGUGCAGCAGUCAUACUGCACAGAAUGGGCAUCAUACACCCGCAACCAAUAUUACACACAGCAGCGCGAGGACGGCAAUUGUAAAAACACAACAGCAACAGUCAGCCUUGCAAGAAAUAACAACGUCUGGUGCUUUGAAAAAAUCAAAGAGUAAAAACAACAAACAAAAGAACAAAGAAGCUAAUUUUGAAAUUGAAAAUCAUAAGUCAUCACAGACAAGUCAUAAUAGCAAUGGCGAGUCACCAGCACUGACAUACACAAGUCCAAUGGAAGAAACACGCAAACCAACGGAAGUGGAUAAUGUGCAACUGAAAAAUGGUUUCCAUGAUUUCACUAAUGAACAAGACGAAGCAUUGCACAGUAAAGAAACGCAACAACAAUGUGUAGUCAAUGCUGAAAUAACUAAACCUAUAACCAACAAUACUGAACCGAAUAUAUUAAAAUCUGCAGCGGCGAGAGGAGUGGCGGCAACUGCAGCGGUAUCAAUAUCUGGCACCUGCCCACAACACAAACAAUUGCCCACACCAACGGUGGCACAACCAAAUACUAUAUAUGCUAACCCUCCAACUGCAAUACACAAUACGAACAACACUGCCAAGCAGCACCCAGACGAUGCGCAGCAAACUGAUCAAACUAACCCUAAGGAAGCGCCGCUAAGCGUGUCAACAACGCCCGCACUGGCUGUGACAACCGAAUUGGAUUUGAGUAAUGUGCAAAUUGAGUAUAAGGAAUAUGAAUCUGAAUUGCAAAUGCAUGACAUAAUGCGCUUAAUACAAGCCGAAUUAUCGGAGCCUUACUCUAUUUAUACGUAUCGUUAUUUCAUAUACAAUUGGCCGAAAUUGUGUUUUCUGGCAGCGCAUGGCAAUGAGUAUAUUGGUGCCAUAGUAUGUAAGCUUGACAUGCACAGAAACGUGAGGCGUGGCUACAUAGCAAUGUUGGCGGUGCGUAAGGAAUAUAGGAAACUUAAAAUUGGCACGACGUUGGUACAAAAAGCAAUUGAGGCCAUGCUUGCCGACAAUGCUGAUGAAGUUGUGUUGGAAACCGAAAUGCGUAACGUGCCCGCUUUGCGUUUAUACGAGAACUUGGGUUUUGUGCGUGAUAAACGCUUAUUUCGCUACUAUUUAAAUGGCGUUGAUGCGUUGCGUUUAAAAUUGUGGUUUAGAUGAGAUUGUGUUUAGUUGAGUUUCAUUGCCACAUUGCAUGCACACAAUAUAAAUACAUAUGUAUUGAAUUAUAACAUAAUAAUUUGUAUGCGAAGCGAAUUCGGUUGAGAUGUUCUCUUUCACUUUUACAUACAUACAUACAAAUAUUCAUAUUUAAUUGAAAACAAAGCAAAACAACAAAAACAGAAAGCAAACAAACGUAAAUAUUAAGGAAAUCAGAAAAAUUAUAUGAAAUAUUAACUGCAAA